UACCAUCUCAUUUUUUUCUCCAUCAAAAAUAUGGCUUCCUCAAAAUUAAUCUCUUGUCUAUUUUUUCUUUCAUCCAUUGCAACAGUAAUUUCCACAGAUCCACUAUUCCAUUUUUGCUCAAAAUCUGAUAAUUUCACAGCUAAUAGUUACUAUGCACAAAAUUUGAAAAAUCUCUUAGGUGAUCUCUACUUGAAAACUCCUCCAACAGGAUUUUCAACUAGCUCAAUUGGUCAAAAUCCUGAUCAAACAAAUGGACUUUCUCUAUGUCGUGGCGAUGUUUCAAGCAAUAAUUGCAAAUCUUGUGUAUUAGAUGCUAGUGAAGAACUUGGAAAACGUUGUCCUUACGAUAAAGAAGCCAUAAUAUGGUACGAUAAUUGUCUCUUGAAAUAUUCCAACAGAGAUUUUCUAGGAAUAAUCGAUAAUACGUACAAGUUUUACAUGUGGAACAUUCGCGUUGUGAGCAAGCCUGAAUAUUUCAAUGCAAAGACUAAGGAGUUGUUGGGAAGUUUGGCUGAAAAUGCUUAUAAAAAGAAGAACUUGUAUGCAAUUGGAGAAAUGGAUAUUGAAGAAAAUAAGAAAUUGUAUGGAUUGGUUCAAUGUACAAGAGAUCUUUCUAAUGAGGAUUGUAAAAAAUGUCUUGAGGGUAUUAUUACUGAACUUCCAAGUUGUUGUGAUGGGAAAGAAGGUGGAAGAGUUGUUGGUGGGAGUUGCAACUUUAGAUAUGAAAUAUACCCUUUUAUUAAUACUCCUUAAAACUUAGAAAAAAUAUAUAUAAUACUAUAUUGCUAAUGCUCAAAAGAUGAUAUAAUAUGGUAUGGCUUCAAUCAAAAAAAUAGAUUGAUGUAAUUUUGUUGAAUAUGUUUAAGAAAUGGUGGAUGUCAUUUUCCAAGUGGUCCCACUUUUAAGUGGGCAACUUUUCCUUCCAUUUGGUAUUUGAUCUUCAUCUUAUGCCUAUAUAUAGGCAAGGGUACACGAACAGAUAUAAGAAAAAAUAUAUUCUCCGGUUUCU